AUUUAUAAUAUACUUAUAAUAUAAAUAUACUUAAUAUUAUUAACGUUAAAAUGUUGUCAAUUAAUAUUUUAAUAAUCUUAGGUUCAGCAUGUUUGGCUAUAUAUUUAUAUUUGACUCGAAAUUACAAAUACUGGACGUCGCGAGGAAUCGAUGGCCCAAAACCCAUCAUAUUUAUGGGGACAGUAUAUCAACAGUUCUUUGCCUCACUCCCAGAGCUUGUCGUAUCAAACAGCAGAAAAUAUGGCAAAAUUCACGGGCAAUUCAUGGGUACAAUGCCUAUACUGGUGGUGGCGGAGCCGGAGCUCAUCAAAGAUAUCACAACUAAAGACUUCCAUAAGUUCUCCGACCGACACGACUUCCUAACGGGUGAUCCCAUGAACGACAGGUCAUUAUUUAACGUCAACGGAAACGAUUGGAAAAAAUUGCGAUCAAUCAUAAGCCCAACGUUUUCGAGUGGCAAAAUGCGUUCAAUGCAUACCAUUAUCAUUGAUUGCGUGAAGAGAUUGGAGACGAUUAUGACUGAGAAGACGGCCGACGGGUUGAGUGAAUUGGAGGUGAAGAGACUGAUGGGGAAUCUGACGAUGGAUGUGAUCGCUUCGUGCGCUUUCGGCACCAAAAUAGACACAUAUAAUGAGCGGAAAAGAAGUGAAUUUGUGGUAAACGCCGAGAAAGUGAUCAGACCCAACUGGAGGGUCUUCAUAUUUUUCAUGCUUAUGAAGACAUUCCCCAAAAUCCUUGAGUGGACUCAAUUCAAGUCCACUAAUGUGGUUGUCGACAGGUUUUUCAGAUCAGCGAUUAAUUCAAUGAUAUCGAGCCGUAAAUCACAGCCUAAUCGACACAACGAUUACUUGCAACUUAUGAUUAAUGCAUUCAAUAAAAAGUUUGAUAAUAACGAGGAAAAGGAUAUUGUCGGUGAAAAUGAGCGCAUUUACGGACAAAGGGAUGAAAGUGAAGACUUUCUGCUAAAUAAACAGAAGAUAGAGCUCACAGAAGACGACAUUUUGGCCAAUUCUGUGCUCUUCUUUGUGGCCGGUUUUGAGACGACGGCAUCCCUCCUCUCAUUCCUAACCUAUUCGUUGGCUCUGAACGAAGACUGUCAGCAAAAACUAUUUGACGAAAUUACAGACUUUGGCGGAAAGUAUGAUUACGAGACCAUCUCUAAAAUGCCGUAUUUGGAGGCAUGUAUUGCCGAAACACUCCGACUCUAUAACCCUUUAAGUGUGACCUUCCGUAUGGCUAAUGAAGACUAUGUAUUAGGCGACACAGGAAUUACAGUACCAAAGGGAAUGAUGGUUAACGUGGAUAUUCAAAGUAUGCACAGAGACCCCGAGUAUUAUCCAAACCCUGAUCGUUGGGAUCCGGAGAGGUUUAUGCCCGAGAAUAGGGACCAAUUGGUUCCAUACACUUAUAUGCCGUUUGGUUUGGGGCCCAGAAAUUGUGUGGGAAUGAGGUUUGCCUUAAUGGAGGCCAAGACAGCCAUCAUAUGUUUGGUGCAAAAGUUUAAGUUCAGCCGAAGUGCCAACACUGCCGUUCCCCUCAUUCCUAAGAAACACGACUUUGUAUUAAAUUGCGGCGAAAUCAAUGUCGGCGUUCAGCUCAGACACAAAUAAAUGUCUUUUCAUUAAAUGGGGAAAACGUGUACAAAAUGUUUGAGUGAAUGAGAAUCUUAUUAUUAAAUCUCUUAUUAUAAUCAUAUAUUGGGAUGCAAUCACCAAUUAUGUGAUUUAUUGUGACAAUUCCCUUUCAAAGCUUAUCUAUUAUUGAACCACUAAUAAGAUAUGUGUUGUGAGCCGUAAAAUACCCCAAACAACACAAGUAGCCAUUCAUUUAAGGAGAAUAUUAGCUUAUAGUCAGUUACGAUAUAAUAGUU